AUGGAUUCAUCAUUAUUUUCACGAGAUCCUCUACCAGAAGCGGCCGCAUUCCGCCUUUGCACCCGAGGUAUAAUGGCACGCGGAAGUGCUGAAAAAGGAAGAAAAGUAAGCUUGGGAUGAUAAUCAUCUUGAUGGACAUUGGAAUUGCAUUCUGAUAGGUACUUUAUUUUUAAAUUUCAGAGUCGAACUACGAUUGGAACGAGAAGAGGCGAGACCCGAGGGCGUGGAGGGUUGGCUCGACGGAAAUACACGGAAGGAGCAAACCGCUGCUCGGUGGAGAAGCAGACCACCACCAACAACGAAGCCCCGAGGGUCGCCAUCGCGGCCAAAUUCGUCCAUAAAGGAUUACCAAAAGACAGCGGUAAUUCUGUAAGUUUGCUUAGCUUACAUUAUCUAUGGACUGUGUACACCAUAGACUGAGAUUAACGAAAACAGAAAGGGAGUUUCGAGGGGCCCAUCCUGUAUAGUGUUGUGGUAGUAAGCCGAUAUUUUAUUAGUACGGUAGCAUUUGGUAAUAACAUUAAGCCGAAUUUAAUCCAUUUAAUUUCAGGAGCAUUCGAAGCCCGGAAAUUCUAAACAGGCAGCCUGUAAGCUGUGGUUUGAUCAAGUGUACGAUUUGGGAUUACCUAAGCUACGAAAAGAGUUUGUUCACAAAAUCAAACUGUCUAAUCCCGAUGGUGCUCACGAAGCUUGCAUGGCAGAAGCAAACUUCAGUAAGAACAGAUACGAUGAUGUUUUCUGUUGGACAAGACCCGGAUCAAAGUCCAUAUUAAUCCAGAGAAAGGUAAUCAAAAAAAUUAUGUCGUUUAAUACGCACAUUUUCAGACGAUUACAUUCAUGCCAGCGCCGUCGAGGUCCAUUCUGAAUUGACUUACAUCUGUGCCCAAGGUCCAAUGGAGAAUACAGUAGCCCAAUUCUGGUUGAUGUGCAUCCAAGAAGAUGUCCGUGUCAUCCUCCAAUUGUGUCAGAAUACUGAAGAUGGAAAAGAGAAGUGCUCGGAGUACAUGACCGGAGGGAAAUUAGACUGGGUGACCUAUGGACCAGUCCAAGUCAAGCAGGUGGACUACCAGAAGAAUGUGGCCGGAACCAAGAAGGUGAACAGAACCAAAAUACAAGUCAAGUUCAACGAUAAGGUCCAUUCCUGUACCCAUCUACUGUAUGCGGGAUGGCCAGAUCAUGGAGUGCCGGAGAGUGUGGCCACUUGUCGAGAAGUCAGGAAUUUGGUCCACAAGUAUUAUGAAAAAAAGCCCAUCGUCAUCCAUUGUUCGGCAGGCGUUGGCAAGGAUAAUCUUUUUAAUUAAGGCGUACAAGGGCUUCGUAAUGUUACAUUAUUUCGAUGUUUAUAGGAAGGACAGGAACAUUUGUUGCGAUAGAAAUGGUUUGUUACAAACUGAUGCACGAAGAGAACGCGAACUUCACAAUGCUGGAACUUGUUAAAAACCUCAGAGAACAAAGAAUGCAUGCCGUCCAAAACGAUCAGGUAUUUCUUGUUUCUUAUACUGAGUACUGUAUUUGUAAUGGCACCUUUUGUUUUGGUAUAUUUACAGCAAUAUUGCUUCAUCAUACGAUGUGUGAUCGAAAUUCUGGUGGCAGAGGACUGCUUGUCGCGCAAUCCCCGCGUCAUACAAUUCAUCCAGGACUUCGAGGAAAUGGUUGAACGGAAGAAGAAACAACGAGCCGCCAAAGCCGUCGAGAAAGAUUAA